ACGUUGCUGUGUACGGAAACAGUUUUACGUCAACACGUGUGCAGACUUGUAGCGUCAGUCGGACAGUUCAUCUCGGUACGUGAAUGUUUGCAUGCCCGCAGCCCUGAGCGAGCCAAACACGGACAGCUUCACCCUGCUUGUGUUUUCACCAACACAUGCGCGGAUGUUUUCAAACUAAGGACCCGUCGAGCGAUGACGACUCUCAUCUUCAUCCACCGCGGAGAGGAAGCGGGAGGAGGGCUGGACUUCUGCUGACCGUCCGACUCUUGUGGGAGGAAAAAAGUUAUAAUAACAUUAAAAAAGAAAAAAAAAGCAAAGCUGAUGCGACGCACAGCGGGUUUUAUGACUUAAGGAAAAUAUGAUUUUGAGGAAAAUUCACGCAGGAAGCUGCAGAGCAUGGCUGUCUCGGGUGUCCUCCAGGCAGGAGCCCUGUUUCUUCUCCUCCUCAGUGCCCAGUCAGCCGGUGCCCCCUCUGGCCCAGACCCUCCAGGCCUACCUGAGGGCCCUGGAGCCCCUGCUGCCCCCCGAGGAGAUCAACCACACCCGCAGGAUGGUGCAGGAGUUCGGAAUGCCGGGAGGCCUCGGUGCAAAGCUGCAGAUGGGGCUGGAGAGGAGAGCCAGAAGCACCAAGAACUGGAUCGCUCCCUGGUGGGUGCAGUGGGCGUACUUGGAGAGCCGACAGCCGCUGCCCGUGCACUCGAACCCGGCCAUCUCUCUGCCCAGGAGAGAUUAUAAUGGCUGGAGGAGUCAGCUACUGUUUGCAUCCAAACUGAUUGCAGCGGUUCUCGACUUCAAGGCCAAAAUCAACACCGGGCAGCUGCCGGUGGACGAUUUGCGGGGGAAGCCUCUGUGCAUGGAGCUCUACCCGCUCCUCUUCUCCUCCUGCAGGAUCCCGGGGCCCAAACACGACUACAUCGCCCACUAUGGCCGCUCCCGCCGCUCGCCGACGCACAUCACCGUCGUCAGGAACUACCAGUUCUUCCAGCUGGAGGUUUACAACAGCGACGGCUCUCGCAUGACGGAGAGUCAGAUCCACAGUCAGCUGCUGCGGAUCAGGUCUCAGUCCUGGAAGACGGACAAAGAGCCGAUGGGAAUCCUGACCAGCGAGCACCGUCACACAUGGGGACAGGCCUACAACCGCCUGCUCAAAGAUAAACUGAACAAGGAAUCAGUGCGGCUGAUAGAGACGGGACUGUUCUCCUUGUGUCUGGAUUCUCCAGUCAUGAGGAUAUCAGAUGAGAAGUACGCCAGCCGUAAGGCAGCACAGAUUCUUCAUGGAGGCGGGACGUUCUCCAACAGUGGAAACCGCUGGUUUGAUAAAACGCUGCAGUUUGUGGUGGGCGAGGACGGCUCAUGGGGUCUUCUGUACGAACAAGCCACAGCUGAGGGUCCGCCCAUAGCAACACUGCUGGAUCACAUCCUGGAGUACUGCGAGAAACCGGACCCAAAGAGAGCUCCGCUGGUCCCUCUGCCGAUGCCAAAGAAGCUUUACUUCCACAUAGACCGAGAAAUAAAGCGGGACAUCGAGCACGCCAAGCAGAACCUCGACAUACUGAUUAACGACCUCGACGUGAACGUGUUCAACUUCAAGAGGUUCGGCAAGGAGCUUCCCAAGCAGCACAAGCUGAGUCCGCACUCCUUCAUCCAGAUCGCCCUGCAGCUCGCCUACUACAGAGUUCACAACGAGGCCUGUGCUUCCUGCGAUAUUGUCUCUCAGAGGAUGUUUCGAGGAGGACGGACAGAAUACAUCCGCUCACCCACAAAUCAGACGCUUAAGUUCAUUCUGGCCUUCAACGAUCCAUCUGUGUCGCGGGAAGCGAAGCUCCAGCUGUUCCGAGAGGCUGUCGAUACUUACGCCGCUCUGACCCAACAGGCACUUCAAGGACACGGCAUUGACAGCCACCUGCUGGGUCUCAAGCUCCAGGCCAUCGAGGAAGGAUUGAGCGUCCCCAAAAUCUUCAUGGAUACGGCGUACGGCCUGGCAACACACUGGAAGCUCCGGACAGGGCAGGUGCCUGCCAACACGGACAGCGUGAUGUGCUUCGGGCCGCUCGUUCCUGAUGGUUACGCCGUCUGCUACAACCCCCAGGCCGACCACGUCCACUUCUCCAUCACUGCCUUCAACUGCUGCGAGGAGACGCACGCAGAGACAUUAGCUGUCACCCUGAAGGACACCUUGUGUCAGCUACAGGAGCUACUGCAGUCUACUGUGUAGCGCCGCUCCUGCCCUCGCUCUUCUACUCAAGCAACAGUUUGCAGAAGUCUUGAUGAGGCUUGUGGAUGUUUUCUUGCGCAUGCCACGUUGUGCUUCACUGGAGCGGUCAUAUCUGAGACCACACUGAAGACUGAACACAGUGUCUCUGAGGUGCUUUCCAUGCUUUUUUUUUGUGAGGCAAUAAAUCACUUUCCUUUUUUCUAGCAAGAGCUGAGCAAGCAAGCCGCAUUAUUAAUCACUACAAUGGGAGCAUCUAAUGCUUUGAUAUCUCUGGGUUAAAAAAUGAAACAGGUUGAAGCCAGCCUGACACUCCAUUAUUAAUCCUAACAAACCCAAAGAACGUGUGUUUAAUGACUGCACUCCCUCUACCUGAGUUGACCAGCGGCCCCUCUCGUACUGAGAAUAAGUAUGUUUCAGAGUGCGAAUGUUCAUGGAAACCGAUGAUUUUUAUGGAUCAACAAGUCUGUUUAAAAUGGACCAAAAUCCAGAGAGAUGGUGAAUGAAGUCCACCCAAAAAUGAAAAAUUCUGUCCUGAUCGACUCACUCUCACGCUGAUAGAAAGUCAGGAGAAGUUUCAUCGUCCACAAAACAUUUCAGCAUCGCAGGAUUCUACAAAUGUUAUCCUGUCUCUCGCUGAAGUAAAUGUUGACUGGUUUUAAAAAUGGAAUAAAAAUACAAAUGAAAUUGCUUCAUACAGCUCAUCCAAGUCUGUGGAAGCCCCAAAGUUGACUUGAAAUAUGUUAAUCACAACCUUUACACACAAUUGAGCUCAUGCACCCACUUAGCUUAGCGGCUACAGUGAAGAUUUCGACUUUAAAAAUGGUGUAAAUAAAGUCUUUCAGAUCACUGCAGUGCUUCCAGAGACAAGGUUUAAGCUGAAAGAGCUGUCCGGAGCCAUUUACAUUUCUUUUGUCCCCGUCCACUUCAGUUGUUUAGGGGAAUGCUUGCAGGACUGUUUUCCUUUCGGCAUGAUGUUGAGUAGAUAACGACUGAAUUUUCAUUUUUGGGUGAGCUCGUCUGUAAUUCUUGAGUGCAUGUUUGUAUGUACUGUAUUUGAAAUGAAUGUGAGGAGGCGUUGGCCCCCAUUGUUCGGGCGUGUUGUUCUGGUCUCAACCUGCAGGACUGGUUAAUAAAGCCUGUCAUCACAUGG